GAAGGCUUUUAGCCCCUCCAGAUAAUGAUGAUUCAUGAAGUUUCGCCUGGUUUUUUAGAUGAUCUGAGUCUGUGGAGGGUGAACACUGACGUUUGAGACCAUGUCAGCGGUAACCAAUCAGCCUCUUCCCUUUGGCCGACUUGAGCGAGAGAAGCACAUUCACAUGAUCUUCAGGGCUUUCCACAACCGUUGUGGGCCUUCCUGUGAGUGCCAGACUCAAAGCCCUCUAUCCAAAUCCCAACAAAUGCCUCCUGGCUUGGAAUCUGAAGGGCAGCUCUUGGGCCAGACUGCUGAGAAGGAGAAUGGAGAAUCAGUGAAGCUGAACAGGACAGAGAAGGAGAAACAGAAGACUUGCAGUGCAGUGAGAUCAAACUUUAUGACUGUGCUGGAAACUGCCAGUGAGAUUCAGAUCACUGCUAAGCCAGAGCUACAAGGUCCACAGUGUGUUCCUAGGAGGAUCUAUAGCAUCACUACAGGAGGCAGCAGGUCACAGCCAUUUGUGGCUGUGGAAGAGAGCUCCUGUGUGUGUCUCCAGUGCUGUGGUCCAGCUCGGGCCUGCUCCCUGAAGGGCUUUGACAGUGAGGGAAGUCAGGUCUUUUAUUUUGAAAGGCCCUUCAGGGUGGAUGCCUGCUGCCUCGGCUGCUGCCUGAUGGAGAUGAGAGCCUGCACACCUCAAAAACAGCUCAUUGGCACCGUGCACCAGAGGUGGAGCAUGUUUACCCCCCUCCUGGAGGUGUGUGAUUCAGCAGGAGCAUCUACCAUCAGAAUCCAGGGCUCCUGCUGUCCAUGCCGUUGCUUCUCCAGUCAACAAUUCCAGAUUGUCUCCAACAUUGGUGAGGAAGUAGGCACAAUAUGGAAGAAAUGGCCCGGCUUCAAUGAUGAACAUAACAUGGACCACGAAUAUUUUGGGUUGGAGGUUCCACUCAAUAUGGAGUCGCACACCAAACUCAUUCUCCUCGCAGCCGCAUUCCUGUUGAAUCACAUGUUCUUUGAGAUGAGCUGACCAGACAAACUGGAUUAAAGUGGACUACAGCUACCAAGGCACACC